GCCGUUGUAUCGGCUGGGAUUUUCUACCGGUGAUACCUCGUCCUAUAGGACCUCCUCCCAUGAAUGCAUUCUGCAGCCUGGUGGACAACACCGUCAAUACAGGAUACGAGUCGUACUUCCGAUAUCACCUUGAGGCCGAGAUCCAGUCCCAGAAGCUGGAGAACGAGUCUUACUCGCUAUUUGGGCAUGACAUAACCACAUUGACUCACGACACUAGUGAGACAACAUGUUCUUUCCUCGUUCCUGGCCUCCGAGAAAACAGCCCGUAUGUCGAGGGAGACGAUAUUAUCCAGCUUCGCGAGCUGAUUUAUGACCACGCGGGAAGGCUACUUGGAAUGGAGCUUUGGAUGACUCAACCUAUUCUGUUCAAUCGGAGUCAGCUUCAGCCGCAGGGCUUUCCAGCACCAGGAGGUCGAUGGAGAGGCGAACCAGCACCUGGGUGGACAGGAAUUAUUUAUAAUGCUCGGGUUCUGGCUGUCCGGCGGAAAGAAAGCAGGUUGGUGGUCAAAAUAGACGGGAGCCCUGACAUGCGAUACUCAUUUUCGCGGCCGGAUGGGUUGAAAUUCAACGUUCAGUUUCCCGUUCCGAGCAACCGAUACCUGCCAAUGAAGCAUGUUUUGCCCAUCAUCCAGGAAGCUCUUAGACAUGCCUAUAUAACCAGAUAUCAACUUACGAAUGGAGUCCCCAACCAGUCACAAGCCUCCUCUUCCAACCCGUCUUCGGGCUCUGGUGGGCCCCUCAACCUCGGAGGUCCUCCCAACACCCCUUGGCUUCAAUCAAUGCUUUUCCCUGUCGAAGCCGACUGCGAUGUGCAGACAAUGCUCAACCGCGGGUCUUUCAAGCAAGCGUUCUUCGAUCAGCAGCUCAACUGGGAGCAGAUGAAAGCUAUCGGGAGUAUUUGCUCGCACAACUAUGGGACUCUUCCGUUUUUGGUAUCUGGACCUCCCGGCACUGGCAAGACAAAGACUCUAGUCGAAGUUGCGCUCCAACUCGUUAAAAGCGUCGACGGGGUCUCUCACGUUCUGUUCUGCGCACCAUCAGACCCGGCAGCAGAUAUGAUUGUUCAACGCAUCAGCUCUCACUUUAACUCGACCGAACUAUUGAGGUUAAAUAGGCCAUCGCGUACAUUUGCUGAAGUACCUGGUGCAGUUCUGCCCUUCUGCUGCAUUGCACAAGAUAAAUUCGACCUGCCAAAAUUCGAGCAGCUUAUGUCAUGUAAACUCGUUAUCACCACAUGCCGCGACGCCUCGCUGCUCCUUCACUCGCGAGUGACGAACGCUGACCUCUUCGCUGCCGAAUAUGGGCUACGCACGGUCAUCAAUCCAUACGCUGCUCCGCCUUCGCAGGUCGACUUGCAUUGGACAGCACUCAUCAUCGACGAAGCCGCUCAAGCCAUGGAGCCAGAGGCUCUGAUUCCACUUUCCAUCGUGGCACCUCCCUCGGGACCUGUCAAGCUCGCAUUCAAGCCCUUGUUUAUCAUGGCUGGCGACGAGCACCAACUCGGCCCACGCACUUCACUUCCUUCAUCGCCGCUAAAGACCUCGCUCUUCGCACGACUCUUCGCCCGACCGGUAUAUGCUGACCACCCACUUGCACGGGGGAAGACCGGAGAGCGAGCGCCACAGGUUCUCAAUAAAUCCAUGCUUCCCAUCGCCCGCCCGGCUUUUGCAAACCUGAUCCGCAACUACAGGUCGCAUCCUGCAAUUCUCGCCGUCCCGUCAUCGUUGUUCUACUUCGAUACCCUUGAGCCCGAGGCUGAUGACACCGAUCGUCUGACGUCUUGGUCUGAAUGGCGGGGAAGAAAAUGGCCAGUGCUUCUUCACAUCAGCGAUUCAGAAGAUGAUAUGGACUUAAACAACGGAGGGUGGUAUAAUGUUGGCGAAGCCCAACUUGCCUGUGCCUAUGCUGCUCGUCUGGUCCAAAGCGGGCUAGUAGCGCAGAAAGAGGUGUGCAUCAUGUCUCCUUUCAAAGCUCAAGUCGCAUGUCUGCGUCGCACUAUCCGGGAGGCGCGGUUUGGCUCUCUCUGGGACGUCGACAUCGGGCCCACGGAAGCCUUCCAAGGCCUCGAGCGUGGCGUCGUCAUCAUCUGCACGACUCGGUCCAAGCCGCGCUUUGUAGAAAGUGACCAGAAAGCCAACUGGGGUCUCAUCGGCAUGCCAAACGCGAUGAACGUCGCACUUACGAGGGCAAAGUUUGGGUUGAUUGUCAUUGGGAGGAGGGAGAUAUUGCUCCUCGAUCCGGAUUGGAGAGCUUUCUUGGACUUUUGUGACCGCAAUGGCUUGGUGGCUGGCGAGGCUGACCGACUUGUACAGGAUAGGGAAAACAUUGAGCUGACUAGGCUUGAGAAGGUUCUAUUGGCUCAAGAGCAAGAUUCAACCUUGUCUAACUCGAGGGCAUUGAAGGUUGUCAGUCAGGAGGAUGAGAUGUGGACGGGCGGGAUGCAGGCAGCUUUGGACGCUGAAAGUGCGAAUGGAUAUGAAGAGAGCGAUCUGGAAGGGAACGAUCAGGAAGAGCACGACGAUAAAGAGCAAGAUGGGGGAGAGGGGAAGCAGGUCCCGCUUUCACAGAGGUUCCUUCAGUCGAAUCUGUUCUGAAUCCUUUGCAACUAAAUGUUGGUCACUUGCGCAGUCGCCUGACUCACUUGAGCCUUUGGAAGCACGCAGGGACGGUAGCCUACCUCUUCGGUAAUCGUUUCCCGCCUCAGGGGAGACCGUCGAGCAACCCGGUCUCAGUCCACGAACUGACGCAGCCUGCUCUCGCUUCUCCUGCAACGGAGUUUGGAUAUUCUCCCAACAGAUACCACUUGGGAAACGGGCUUACUUCCGCCCUGUCCAUUGCCUCGGGUUCGAUUAGCAACUUUACGAUGGAGAGAAGCCGAGGUGUUGAAUAAUAUUCUGGAAUGAUCAGGGUAGAGCGGGAUUCGAGAUGUGUUUGAGUAUC